UUAAAAUCCAGGUCAUCUUUAAAAUGCUUGGUGGAGGUUUUCGUAAAAAAUCCAACCGUAACAAUCUUAGGAAAAAAAUUGAUACAGCCGAUAGUGAUGAUGAUGAUGGAAAAAAAGAUAAAACAGAGUUGCCAUCUAUUCAAACGCCUUCAAAUGCUCCCAAGACUAUUAAAACAAAACCAAAUACUAUGCUUAGCUUUGGAGAUGAAUUAGAAAAUGAUGAAGAAUUUGUAAUAAAACGGACAAAAGCAAGUUCGACUUUAGAAAACCAAGUAAAAAAAGAAAAAAAACUUAAAAAGAGACGAGAAAAAAAUCAAUCUCAAGAACUUUUUGUUGAAGAAAAAAAUCAGGACCAGAAUCUUAAAAGCAAUAUGUUGCAUGUAAAAACAUUUUCUGAUGAUGAAGAUUAUAAUUUUAAACAAGAUGAUUUUGGUGUUUCCCAUAAAUUUAAUAUUAAACAAGCUCUAGGUACUAAUGGUAACAUACCUGAUGCUGCCAUGAUUUAUGCAAUGAAAAAAAAGCGAGAACAAGCUAGACAGUUUGGUGACCAAGUUGCUUAUAUACCUUUGAAUACAAAUAAAUAUGAAGGUCGAUUUCCAGAAGGAAACUCAAGGCUUAUACGAGAAGAUGAUAGCAGUGAAGAUGAAAGGAUUGAAAUGAAAGGAACAACUGCAACAUCACACCCGCAAUUAGAACGACGGAAGCAAGUUGCUAAGGCUCUAGAGGAAUUUCAAGAUGAAGACAGUGGUAAUGAAAAAAGAGAAGAACAUGAUGAUGAAAUUCAAAGAUGGGAAGAAGAACAAAUAAAAAAAGGAAGUCACAUGCCAACAAAUGUACCAGAGACAUAUGGUCCAAAGCUUCCUUUAAAUUUUAAUGUAGGAAUGUUAAUGGACCCAACAACUUAUGUUCCUCACUAUGCAAUGACAACAUUGCAAGGUUAUUGUAAUCAAAUAAAUAACUUGACAUAUAGUGCACCACAAUACUCACAAGUUUAUCAAAUCCCAUCUCAAGAUACAUAUGUUUAUUCAAUAGAUAUUAUUGGAGAACAGCUAAGGCAACAAGUUGAUGCCAAAAAACAACUUCAUCAUUUGCAUAAACAACAACUCGAAAAAACAGAUUCCGAUUUACAUUUCUCUUUAGAUAAUCUUAAAAGCCUAGAAAAUAAGACAAUUGAUAUCUCUGAGAGGUUUACUUUUUAUCAAGACAUCAGAGGAUUUGCACGAGAUCUAAUAGAAUGCUUAAAUGAAAAGGUUAAGCAGAUAAAUGAGCUUGAAAGUGGGAUGCAUUCAGUUCUAUCAAGUUAUGCAGAGAAACUUGUAAUACGAAGACAAAAUGAUGUCAAAGACGAAGUAGAAGAAAUAUCUGGCAAACCAAAUACAGACAAUGAUCGCAUCAAUAACAUUCGAAAUCGAAGAAUUGCAGAACGCGAGGGAAGGCGUGCUAGACGGCGUGAAAGUCGUAAAGGAGUUCCACAUUAUGAUGGAAUGUCCAGUGAUGACGAUGUCAUACCCAGUGAAAGACUAAGAUAUGAAGCUGAACAAGCUAAGAUUUUAAAAGAUGCAGAAUCUGUAUUUGACGAUGUUGUUUCUGAUUUUAAAUCAAUUCGUGAAAUAAUGUCUCGUUUUGAACAGUGGAAGUUUGCAUUUAGUGACACAUAUAAAGAAGCAUUUUUAGGAAUUUGUUUACCAAAAUUAUUUGCACCAUUUGUUACUCUUGAGAUGUUAAACUGGAAGCCAUUAGAGGUACAAACCAAUAUUGACUUGGAAUCAAUGAACUGGUUUAAAACUCUUAUUGUAUAUGGGCAUGUACCUGAUGAUAUAGAUAUUGAUGAUGAUGAUAUAAAAUUAGUUCCAAAUAUUAUUGAAAAAAGUAUAAUUCCAAAACUGACAGUGAUGAUGCGUGACGUUUGGGACCCACUUUCGAGCAAGCAAACAAAGCUUUCUACAUGUUUAUUUCAAAGACUUGUUCAUGAUUUUCCAACCAUAACAAAAGAAAGUAAGACAACCAAGCUUCUAGUAGAUGCUAUUGUCACAAAACUAAAGAGUGUUGUAGAGACAGAGUUAUACAUACCACUUUAUCCUCGCAGUUUACUUGAAGCAAACAACUCAAGAGCGUUCGCAUUCCUUGAAAGGCAGUUCUGGAAAGGUUUUAAAUUACUCAGCAAUUUAAUGGAAUGGAAUUGGCUUUUAUCACAAACAAAGUUACAAGAAUUAGGAGUUGAUGCCAUCCUAAAUCGUUACUUAAUAAUUGCAUUGCAACAGUAUCCUUCACCUGCAGCAGCUUUAGAGCGAGUGAAGUCGAUCGUGAGUAUUUUACCUAAAGAAUGGUUUGAAAAAUCAGACCAAAUUAUUCCCGGAUUACAGAGUGUUUCAAGGUACCUUGUCUCGCUGUCUAAUAUUAUUUAUAAGUCGUCUCUUGGAUACAAUGACGAACAAGAAAAAAAACGAUCUACUAUCCUUAUAAAAAAAACAAUCUCGAUUCUAAUGCAUAUUCAAGCUUUUGACGAAGCAAGGUUAGUUGCCAAAGAAUUUAAAGAUAAAGAUACGAGAAAUUCACCAUCGUGACAAAAUAUACGAGAAAUUCACCAUCAUGACAUACAAGAAAUUCGCCACGAUGAUUUAAGAAGGGAUUUGAUGUAUAAAAACUUUUCUAUUUUAAAAAACAACUGGAUGAACAAUAUAUAAAAGAAAUAUUUAAGUAAAAAAUAUAAA